AUGGGUAUUGUGGCCAAGGAGAUCGACCACGUCCUUGUUAGGACUUGUCAGAACUGUGGGAGAGCCGAGUUCUGUGGCUCUGACCAUAGAUUGGCUGUAGUGACCCUGCAACGUGAAACAUUUGAUGUAGCCCAGGAGUCCAUUGGUGAACGUCCGAGGACUAGGCAGAAUUAUAUCUCGCUGGAGAUACUGGAGGCCACAGAUGUGUGUCGCAUGGCUCGUCUGAAUGGUAAUCAAGAUUUGCGCCGUUCCUUGGUGCGCAGGGCUAGGACUUUACUGAGAAGGGAUAAGGAACAUUUCAUCAGGAAUCUUGCCGAGGAGGUAGACCCCCCAGCAGUUAGUCUAGAUGCAAGGGAUGUUGCAAUCCAUGUGUCUGGCCCACCCACCAGUGAGGAUCCCCCUAUCCUAACUGAAGUUAGGGAGGCGAUCUCUAAGCUGAAGGGUUGGAAAGGUGCAGGCAUAUGCGAUAUCCCUGCUGAACUGCUAAAGACGGGGGGUGAGCCUGUGGCACCGGGCUUACAUGUUGUCCUGGCUACCAUCUGGCAGUCCGGUUCCGUUCCCCCUGACCUGUUGAGGGGCAUGGUAAACAUUGGGACUAGCAACUACCGUGGCAUCACUGCCCAGUAUACCAGGCAAAUGCUUCCUCGCCGUGAGUUUGGUCAUGGGCUGCUCGCAGCCUACAUCGAUCUCAAGAAGGCGUUUGAUUCGAUACAUCGCGAAUCGUUAUGGGAGAUCCUGAGACUUAAAGGAAUUCUGACACAGAUUAUUGAAUUAAUAGCAAGCCUAUAUACUGGUACUGAAAGUGCUGCAAAGUGUGGUCUCCUGGACUAA